AUGUUCAAUGGAUUUGCAAUUACCACUGCGAUGAACAGAGAAGACAAAGCAUUCCAAGAAUUUACAACGAAAGUUGCUGGAUUUGCAGCAUCUCCAAAGAACGAGCUCACGAAUCUUACUGAUUUUACAGCCGCACUAAACUCAGAGCUGUCAAAAUUGAGACAUUGUCAAAACUUUAUUCUCAAGGAGAAGUACAAGAGUAUUUUGAUGGUUGAAAAUCAAACAGAAUCCACCCCUUCGGAGAUUUUCAGGUGGAUGAGGGAUAGGAAACUGUCCUUUCAAAACAUUUCCAGGGUCAUUCCACUGGACCUUGUCUUGAAGCUUGGCGAAGCAGACACUAGCAUCAAGCCAUUUGUCUGGAAAAUAGGAAAGUGGGAAGCUUUAAAAUUUUAUUUGAGGGCAGGCUUUGUCCUAAAAGCCUAA